CCCGCGCUGACCGAUGAUUGGCUGCAGCUCACCAGCUCCUGCCGCUCAUUGGCUCGCGCGAUUUUUGGCGCCUUUCCCUCUCGCUGAGGGAAGGAGAUGACUCUGUGGGGCUGAGGGAAAAGGCUCGGCUGUGGCGGGGAGGAUUUCAGAGAGGGGCGAAGUUCAAACAGUUCCCUCGCUGUGUGUAGAGCAGGGAAGCCCAAAGUCUAGGGCUGAAUCCCCCCCCCCAAGAUUAAAGGAGGAAAUGCCCAGUUUGGGCUGAGGGAGGAAAGGGGAGAAAGAAAGUUGACUGGGAUGGAAGGAGACUGAGGAGGGAGAGAUGAUUAAACUGGGCUGAAAUUUGGGAACUGAGGGAGGGGGAGAGAAAUGGCAUCUGGAGGUGAGAUGCCCACUGGGACAGAAGCCCAGGAAAGAGGGCAGAAAAUGCCAGCUGGGGCAGGAGCCCAGGGAAUGUGGGAAGAAAUACCUCCUGGGACAGAAUCUCAGGGGUUGGGGCAAGAGAUGCUCAGGGAUGAUGAAUGCCAAGGGCAGGAGGGCAGAGGCAGUUCCAGCAUGGGAGAAGCGGGAGGGAUGAGGAGAGAGGCAUCUGACAAAAACGAUACCCCGGGGAAGAGGGCAACUGAGGCUGAAUGGCCUGUUCCCAGUGGGGGAGAUCUCAUGGAGAAAGAUCCCAGGGAUCAGAGAGGAGAGCCCUUGGAGAAAGGAGCCAGUGGGGCACCACCUCCUUCUGAUUCUCUUCUUACGAAAAAGUGCUAAGGGGGGGAAGACGGGGUCAGGUAGCCCCAAAAAUAGUUGCUUAGACAGGGGUUCUACAGAGAAGGUCAAAAAGCCGAGCCAUAAGAAAAGGGGGCAGAAGCCCAAGGCUGAAGAUACUUUUAAAGGGCUGGCCAUCUACUUCCCUAAAGAGCAAUGGGCUGAAAUGGGAGAAUGGGAAAAAAUUCGUUAUAAGAAUAUGAAAGAGAACUAUGAGUUUAUGACUCAAUUAGGUCUUCCUACACCUAAACCAACAUUUAUGUAUCAUGCACGGCAACCUCCCAAAACUACAGAUGAGUCCUCUGAGUCCGAUGAGGAAUGGACACCAAAAUCUAUAGUAAAAUCUUUUAGGACACCAUGUAACCUGAAUAGCUGGAAAGAGGAAAAGAAAAAAAAGUACCCUCUUGAUCAAAAUAAGCAAAUAAACACUAUGGGACUUACUUCCAAAGACCAAGAACAUAUAAAGAAAACUGACAAAAAUACAUGUGCAGAUGUUCAUACUACAGACAUUGCAGCUGAAUCAAAGACUGAUAUUGAGAAGAAAGCUUUGUCGGGGAAAACAAAGAAUAGGAAAAGAGAUCAGGAGAAAGAAGUUAGUACAUAUAGUUUGCGGAAGAGGGAGAGAAAAACAUAUAUGGAAAUAAAUGAGCCAAAUGAUGAUGAUUACUUGUUUUGUGAAUACUGCCUGCUAUUCUUUAUUGAUGAAUGUUCAGUUCAUGGUUCUCCAGUUUUCAUCAAGGAUACAGCAGUAGAAAUAGGACUGGAAGAGAGGGCCACCCUCACUUUACCUCCAGGUUUGAGAAUUGGCCCUUCAGGUAUCCCCAAAGCUGGCUUUGGAGUCUGGAAUGAAGGAGAAAUUCUGCCUCCAGGAAUUCAUUUUGGGCCCUACGAAGGGAAAAUCACAGAGGAAGAAGAAGCAGCCAACAGUGGUUAUUCUUGGCUGAUUACUAGAGGGCAAAACUGCUAUGUUUACAUUGAUGGAAAGGAUGAAACUAAUUCCAACUGGAUGAGGUAUGUUAACUGUGCCCGGAAUGAGGAAGAGCAAAAUCUUGUUGCCUUCCAGUAUCAUGGGAAAAUCUACUACAGAGCAUGUAAAAUAAUCCUUAUUCAUUCUGAGCUUCUGGUUUGGUAUGGAGAAGAAUAUGGAAAGGAGCUUGGCAUCAAGUGGGGCUCUAGAUGGAAAUCAAGAAAAGUACACAGGCAGAAUUCACGUUUGAUACAGGAGCGAGGUAUCACCUGUCAUCAGUGUCCCUGCUGCAAAUUGGCUUUCACUUUCAAAGAUUACCUUCACAGACAUAUGAAAUGGAGGCAUUCAGGAUAUGGAAUACAGCCUGAAGUACCUGAAAAUGUCCUAGCAGAGAAAUCUCUAUUCAAAAUCACAAAUAGUGCUUCAAACAGAACUAUGCUGCAGCACCUAGUGCCAAGUUGUGUUUACAAAGAUAAAGAUGAGGAGACACUGUUUUUAAAAGAUAUAAACAAAGAGACACAGAGUAGAACUCAGCUUUCUAGAUGCAAUGAAAAUGGGGCAACUUUAAAGCAGUUGUCACACCCAGCCCAACAAUUAUGUAUAGGAGAGAGGCCACGUUCAUUUAGAAAGUGUGAGAGAAGCUUCAGCUACUCAUCAGUGCUGGUCACUCCCAUGCAAACACACACAAGAGAGAAGCCAUAUUCAUGUGGAGAGUGUGGGAAAAGCUUUAGCCAGCCAGGAAACCUGGCUGUCCACAAGCGAAUGCACACAGGAGAGAAGCCAUAUUCAUGUGGAGAGUGUGGGAAAAGCUUCAGCUGUUCAGGAAACCUGGCUGUCCACAAGCGAAUGCACACAGGAGAGAAGCCAUAUUCAUGUGGAGAGUGUGGGAAAAGCUUCAGCUUGUCAGGAAACCUGGCUGUCCACAAGCGAAUGCACACAGGAGAGAAGCCAUAUUCAUGUGGAGAGUGUGGGAAAAGCUUCAGCUGUUCAGGAGACCUGGCCAUCCACAAGCGAACGCACACAGGAGAGAAGCCAUAUUCAUGUGGAGAGUGUGGGAAAAGCUUCAGCCAGUCAGGAGACCUGGCGAGACACAAGCGAACGCACACAGGAGAGAAGCCAUAUUCAUGUGGAGAGUGUGGGAAAAGCUUUAGCCGGCCAGGAAACCUGGCUGUCCACAAGCGAAUGCACACAGGAGAGAAGCCAUAUUCAUGUGGAGAGUGUGGGAAAAGCUUCAGCUGUUCAGGAAACCUGGCUGUCCACAAGCGAAUGCACACAGGAGAGAAGCCAUAUUCAUGUGGAGAGUGUGGGAAAAGCUUCAGCUUGUCAGGAAACCUGGCUGUCCACAAGCGAAUGCACACAGGAGAGAAGCCAUAUUCAUUCUAUCAGUGCAUAGAAUGUGGAAAGAGAUUCACUCGUAGCUCCUCUCUCAGUUCCCAUCACAGAAUUCAUACAGGGGAGAAACCCUAUCAGUGUGUGGAAUGUGGAAAAAGCUUCAGGCAGAGCGCCAAUCUCACUUCCCAUCAAAGAAUUCAUACAGGGGAGAAACCCUAUCAGUGUGUGGAAUGUGGAAAAAGCUUCAGUACGAACUCCAAUCUCACUUCCCAUCACAGAAUUCAUACAGGGGAGAAACCCUAUCAGUGUGUGGAAUGUGGAAAAAGCUUCAGGCAGAGCGCCAAUCUCACUUUCCAUCAAAAAAUUCAUACAGGGCAGAAACCCUAUCAGUGUGUGGAAUGUGGAAAAAGCUUCAGGCAGAGCGCCAAUCUCACUUUCCAUCAAAAAAUUCAUACAGGUGAGAAACUCUAUCAGUGUGUGGAAUGUGGAAAGAGCUUCAGUCAGAGCUCCGCUCUCACUUCCCAUCAAAGAAUUCAUACAGGGGAGAAACCCUAUCAGUGUGUGGAAUGUGGAAAGAGCUUCAGUCAGAGCUCCUCUCUCACUUCCCAUCACAGAAUUCAUACAGGGGAGAAACCCUAUCAGUGUGUGGAAUGUGGAAAGAGCUUCAGUAAGAGCUCCCAUCUCACUUCCCAUCAAAGAAUUCAUACAGGGGAGAAACCCUAUCAGUGUGUGGAAUGUGGAAAAAGCUUCAGUACGAGCUCGGAUCUCACUUUCCAUCAAAAAAUUCAUACAGGGGAGAAACCCUAUCAGUGUGUGGAAUGUGGAAAAAGCUUCAGGCAGAGCACUGAUCUCACUUCCCAUCAAAGAAUUCAUACAGGGGAGAAACCCUAUCAGUGUGUGGAAUGUGGAAAGAGCUUCAGGAAGAGCUCCAAUCUCACUUCCCAUCAAAGAAUUCAUACAGGGGAGAAACCCUAUCAGUGUGUGGAAUGUGGAAAGAGCUUCACUCAUAGCUCCUCUCUCACUUACCAUAGAAUAAUUCAUACAGGGCAGAAACCCUAUCAGUGUGUGGAAUGUGGAAAAAGCUUCAGGCAGAGCACUGAUCUCACUUCCCAUCAAAGAAUUCAUACAGGGGAGAAACCCUAUCAGUGUGUGGAAUGUGGAAAGAGCUUCAGUAAGAGCUCCCAUCUCACUUCCCAUCAAAGAAUUCAUACAGGGGAGAAACCCUAUCAGUGUAUGGAAUGUGGAAAGAGCUUCAGUCAGAGCUCCAAUCUCACUUCCCAUCAAAAAAUUCAUACAGGGGAGAAACCCUAUCAGUGUGCAGAAUGUGGAAAGAGCUUCACUGUUACCUCUAAACUCACUUCCCAUCAAAGAAUCCAUACAAAGAUUGGAAAAACCAUUAUACAGCUUUAGGAGCCUGGCAAAUCCACACUGUUUUAACCAGGCCUUUUUCUUAAUGACAUCUAAUGCUAUUUUAACAUGUGAUGUUUUGUGUUUUUAUGUUGUGUUUUUAUGUUCUAAGCCUCCUGAGACCUGUGGGUGUAGGGAAUACAGCCACUCUUAAA